CUUCUCGGUGCUUGCUUGAGUGCGUGCUUAGCCUGACCCCAUGUGUGUCUCCUGUCCCCAAAGCAUGACCCCGGCGGGGGUCAAAGUUGAGGGUAGCAGGCUGUCAUUGGCCGAGGCCUGCAGUGUGAGAUGCUUGCAGUGAUGGUGUGCGGCGGCGCCUGCGUGGAGGUGGACUCGGACACGGAGGCGGUGGCCAAUCAGGGCUUCAAGCUGGGCUGCAUCUCCUGCAAGAAGAGGGGGGAAGUGAAGGCCACGGCUUCUGUCAGUUGGUUCUUCCAGGCCUGGGACGACAACGUCUCCUCUGAGCUGUACACCUACGCAGAGAGGGAAGGCAAGGUGAUGGAUCCACGUUUCUAUGGCCGCCUGCACUGGAAUGGCAGUAAAAAUACGGAGGACUUGCAGGACGGCUCCAUCUACAUCCUGAACGUCACCUUCAACGACACAGGAACCUACCAGUGCAAGUUUAGGCGCAUGCUCAUCUACUCCAACAGUAUAUAUGAGACCAACCCAAAUAAGACCGUCAUCAUGAAGGUGGUGCCCCGAGUGACCAGAGGGAUGGCGUCCAUUAUGUCUGAGGUGAUGAUGUACGUGUCCAUCAUCGGCCUGCAGCUCUGGUUGUUGGUGGAGAUGAUUUAUUGCUACAGGAAGAUUUCAGCGGCAGGCGAGGAAGCUUUGAGAGAGAGCGCAGCGGAGUAUUUAGCGGUAGAAUCAGAAAGUAAAGAGGUGGAAGUAGCAGAGUGAGAGUCCAGCCUGGGCAAGAACUGGCGAAGAGACGGAUUCUCACUCGCAUCUUCAUCCUCCUCUUCAUCCUCUUCAUCGCCUCCGUCGUCAUGACAACAAGGGUCACUGGACUUCCUGCGGCAACAAAAAGGGGAUUUGUGUUGUGCGUGCACGUAGUGUGUGUGUGUGUGUGUGUGUGUGUGUGAGCACGUUUUUGCAUUUGCAUGCUCACCACAACCAACAAAACAAUUAUAGCAUAUAUAAUAUACACAUACAUAUAUAUAUACAUACAUACAUAUUUACCACACACACACUUUAUUGUAUUCCUUACCUUCUCAAGACCUCCCAAAAAUGCCUACCUCUUUAGGACCACCCUUUUAUAUAUGUAUAUAUAAAGAUGUGUGUUUACAACAUUAAUAAUAUAUACAUACUAUACAAAUAUAAAAAAGCUUGUUGUGAAAAAUGAGUUGGAAUUUCACAAGAAAAAGGUCACAAUUUCACAAGAAAAACUCAGAAUUUUGUCAGUAUUAUAAUAAAAGUCGUCAUUGUCCACAACCCAAGUCCAAAUUUUACAAGAAAAACUGAACAUUUGUGCAAUGUUAUGAUAAAAGUUGGAAUUUGACUCAAUGACAGUCGCAAUUUUACAAGAAAAGUUUACAAUUUUGCCAAUUUUAUGAAAAGAGUCAUAAUUUUACUCGACAAAAGUCACAAUUUUAGAAGAAAACUUAAAAAUUUUGGCAAUAUUAUAAUAAUAAUCUGAAUUUUUCUCGGCAAAAUUUUGACAAAAGUCCAAAAAUUUCACUAUUUUACAAGAACAACAAAAAAUGUUGGCAACAUUGUGAUAAGUCAGAAUUUUAUAUGACAAAUGUCACCAUUUUGUAUUAAAAAGUAAUAAUUUUACAUAAAAAGUAUAAUUUCACGAGAAAAUAUCGCAAUAUUACAAAAACAGAAAGAAUAAGAGAAAUUGUUCCCAAUUUUAUAAGAAAAAAGUCCACACUGUGAGAAAAAGACUGACUUUAGUUAAUUUUAUAUUUUUUUUGUAUUUUUUUGUUUGUAAUUGUUUUUUAAUCUUCAUUAUUUACUUCAAGUUAUUACAGUAUGUCUCUAUAUACAUAUAUAUUUUCUUAUUUUUAAUUAAUUUUUGCCAAAGGGGGCGCAUUUCAAUUUCUUACACACACUUGUUAUUACAUGUGUUGACCAGAGGGGGAGCACUUUUAAAACCAACAAACGGUCAAUUUGAAAAAUCUCUCCUUUUUGGGACCACCCUAAUUUUGAUAGAUUUCACCACCAGGGGUGCUAAUGAGACAUUCUCUAUUAGAUGCAAUGGUUUUCCGUAAUGGGACCAUGAUUUAUGUCCUAACUUGUUCACCGCGCCUCAAAUGGAAGCUACUUCUCCUUGUUGAUGUCUCAAGAAGGGUAGCAAUACAAGAACACACACACACACACACACACACACACACACACACACACACACACACACACACACACACACACACACACACACACACACACACACACACACACACACA